UCCUGAUUGGUGAGGGGCUCCUCGUGGAGCUCAGCCCCGCCUGGAGAAGCGACCCCCCGCCCGGUCUCUGCUGAUCAUUGGCGGAAAAACAUUUCAAAAUGUCCGCCAAAAUCCAGAGAGGGCCGCCCUCUGCUUCUCUGCUGGAAACCUCUUCUCUGAUUGGUUUGUGUGUCAAGAACCCUCCGCGGACUUAAAAAGGAGGGUUUCGGUUGUAUUGCCACUUUCAUUUCUCUAAACGCAUCUAACGAUGAGUGGCAGAGGGAAAACCGGAGGAAAAGCCAGAGCUAAGGCAAAGACCCGCUCCUCUCGUGCUGGGCUCCAGUUCCCAGUCGGUCGUGUUCACAGGCUGCUGCGUAAAGGGAACUACGCGCAGCGGGUCGGUGCCGGCGCCCCCGUCUACCUGGCGGCGGUGCUGGAGUACCUGACCGCUGAGAUCCUGGAGUUGGCUGGAAACGCUGCUCGCGACAACAAGAAGACUCGUAUCAUCCCCCGUCACCUGCAGCUGGCUGUCCGCAACGACGAGGAGCUCAACAAACUGCUGGGCGGAGUGACCAUCGCUCAGGGCGGCGUGCUGCCCAACAUCCAGGCGGUCCUGCUGCCCAAGAAGACCGAGAAGGCCGCCAAGUCCAAGUAAACAUGGAGACUCUCUGUCUGCUGGAACCAGCACCAAAAAGGCUCUUUUAAGAGCCAAACACUCAUCUGAUAAAGAGCUAUUCAUUCAUGCCAUUUACUGGCGAAAACCAUAUUGUAAAUGAACAUCACCGCAUGAAUAAGAUGUUAAUGUGCAUAUGAAAUCUAAAAUAUUAAUUUGGUUUAUUGAUCUAAAGUUGGGCCCAACGGUAGUUAUUCCAGAGUUGACUUUGCACACAAAAUAAGGGUUGUGUCCCAUUUGCUUGAUACAUUGAGAAAAAUCUAUUGAUUUUAAAAAAGAACACGAGUAAAGCAAGUUAUUCUGUUUUGGCAAAAUGUGACGGGAAAGCAUUGCAAUCAGUGCUAUGUUUGUAUCAUUUCAGUCAUGUAAAAUCCAUGUAAAGCUGUUAAUAGUAUAAUAGUAAUGGUAUGCUUGUUUUUUUCAGGGCUGGAAUUGCAUUUGAUUUUCAUUAUCAACUUGUAUGGCAAUUAUUUUCUCAAAUAAUCUUCCUUGUCUCUAAUGUAAAAUAAAAUGCCUUUCAUAAUUCUCUACAUCCCAAGGUGAUUCAUUCAAAUGUACUGUGUCCAAAUGCUACAAAACCCAAAUGUAAUCUGUGAGCUAUCCCGUAUGAUAAAGAAAAGCCUCCAAACUUCACUAUGAAAAAGUGAUUUUAUUUUUUUAUA